GAAUUGGAUGGUUGGGUUGGUUGAUGGACGGGAAAUGCAAAAGGUGCAUUGUGAUGGACUCAAAAUGUAUACAUAAAAGACCAAGAGAAAACCAAAAGGAACGAGAGCAAACUAAUGUGAAUGGAAAAGAACACAGCAAGAAAGAAGAUGCAUCCAACGAACAACUUUUAUAUGACGAGAGGAAUAAUGACGAAAGCCAUAGAGUCUUGCAAAAUUCCUCGACUCUAGUAAAACACCUUCCGGUUUUAACAGGUUGUAGAAGUGUGGAUAACUAUGAAAGACUUAACUUUAUAGAAGAGGGGACUUAUGGACGUGUUUUUCGAGGAAGAGAUAUUCACACCAAUGAAAUAUAUGCACUGAAAGAAAUCAAACUGGAUAACGAAGUUGAAGGCUUUCCUUUGACAUCACUCCGAGAAGUUAGCAUCUUGGUUUCAUUAAGGCAUCCCAAUGUCAUUCAUGUGAGAGAAGUUGUUGUCGGAAGCAACCUAAACAAGAUUUAUUUGGUGAUGGAAUAUGCACAACACGAUAUGAAGAAUGUUUUGGAUAACAUGAGACACCCAUUUUCUCAAGCAGAAGUGAAGAGUUUACUUCGACAACUGCUUUCUGGAGUAGCUUAUUUACACGAUAACUGGGUUCUGCACAGGGAUUUAAAGACUUCCAACCUCUUAUUAAACAACGAAGGCAUACUGAAGAUUUGUGAUUUUGGUUUGGCUAGACUCUAUAGUGACCCUCUUAAGCCAUACACACAACCUGUCGUUACGCUUUGGUAUAGAGCACCCGAACUAUUACUAGGCGCAAAGACAUAUACUCCAGCAGUGGAUAUUUGGAGUGUUGGUUGCAUUUUUGCUGAAUGGCUAACAAGAGAAGCUCUCUUUCCGGGUUGUACUGAAAUAGAUCAACUUUCACGGAUUUGGAAAUGUUUAGGAACACCUAACGAAGAAAUAUGGCCUGGCUUAUCCGAGCUUCCACAUGCUAGCAAGAUAAAGUUUGUCAAACAGCCUUACAACUAUCUGCGUCAACGUUUUGAUAAUACUAUUUACGGAGGUCAAACUUCAGUGACCAAUUUAGGUUUGGAUUUGAUGAAUAAGCUUCUCACAUAUGACCCCGCAAAGAGAAUACAAGCUCAGGAUGCUCUUAAUCAUCCCUAUUUUGAAGAGAUUCCAAAGCCAGUAGACCCUUCUUUGAUGCAAACUUUUCCAGAAACUCAUGUCAAUAUGACUAGCUAUUAAUGAAUUGACUUGUAGGAAACUUUGCGGUUUUGCAAGUGUAUUUAUA